GUGUCAGUGUAUUUUUUUGGUCGUGUGAUACUGUGAUAUGCUCGAGGUGUGACUUUAGCGUGUAUUUUAGUGAAAAUCGGGAAACUAAUGAAAAUUAACUGAUGGUAGCGAAAUUACAAUAAUAUUCCGCAUCGCUUUUGAUGGAUCCUUCGAUUUCUUGGUUUCAACCGGAACAAGAAGGACCCGCCAAGCUGCUGUGGCUUCGUAUUUGGCAGACUCAACGAGAAUUCGAUAAUAUGAACUUGAAAGAAGGUGACAACGAGCUAGAAACAAUCACCAACGGAUUCAUUACGCACAAUAACGCUAUCAUGAACGGGAAAAGUGAGAAAACUGGUGCUUUCACUAAUAAUAGAAGGCGGAAAGAUAGCCGAGUUGUGAGUCGAAAACAGAGCGUGGAUUAUGGUGGAUGUCCUUGGCGAUUGUGCAAAUUCCCGUAUCAGAGGGGUGUUAUGGGCCUGCAUCAGGAAAUUGAGCACUUCUACAAUUACAUGAGCCCAACAGAGGCAGAAGACCAAAUAAGAGCUGAAGUUGUUCAGCGCAUUGAAAAAAUCAUCACAUCCAAAUGGAGUGAAGCCAAAGUUGAAAUUUUUGGAUCAUAUCGAACUGGCCUCUACUUACCUACUAGUGAUAUUGACCUGGUUGUGAUAGGAAAAUGGACAAAUCUUCCCCUACGGACCCUAGAGCAGGAAUUUUUAGAUAAAGACAUAGCCGUGCAGGACAGCAUCAAAGUCCUGGAUAAGGCGUCUGUCCCUAUUGUGAAGUUGACUGACAAAAAAACAGACAUUAAAGUGGACAUUUCCUUCAACAUGUGCAACGGUGUAAAAUCGGCAGAACUCAUAAAGACUUACAUAGACCAAUUCCCUGUCCUGCCCAAACUAGUCUACGUCCUCAAACAGUUUCUUCUUGAAAGGGAUUUGAAUGAAGUUUUUACCGGUGGAAUCUCCAGUUACAGUCUGAUACUCAUGUGCAUUAGCUUCCUGCAGCUGCACCCGCGGCAGGACAACGUGCGCACCAACUUGGCCAACCUCGGCGUGCUGCUCAUCGAGUUCUUCGAGCUGUACGGCAGGAAGUUCAACUACGUGAAGACGGGCAUCCGGAUACGAGACGGCGGCCAGUACCUCGACAAGGACGACAUGCAAAAGGAGAUGGCGGACGGACAUCGGCCGAGCAUGCUGUGCAUCGAGGACCCGCUGCAGCCGUCCAACGACAUCGGCAGGAGCAGCUAUGGGGUGCUGCAGGUGAAACGAGCAUUCGAGUACGCGUACAUCGUCCUCACGAACGUCGUCCACCCGUUGUCGAUGUUCAACGAUUGCGCGUCCUCGUCGAUCCUGGGCAGGAUAGUGCGCGUGCGCCAUCACGUGAUCGUGCAGCGCAUGCGCGUCGAGGAUACGGCGCGCGUGCGGCCCUCAAGGUCAUCGAGCAUCGGCUCGACGGGGUCCAGCGCGGAGGAGAGCGCGGGUAGUUCGGAGGGCUCCGACAACCCGUCGCGCGACAACUCGCCCAACGUGACGUACACGUCGCCACACCGCCAAUCGCCGCCCAAGGGCCGCGCGACGGCGUGGCGCGGCCACAAGGGCGGCCACCGGCCCGCCCACACCGUCAACGGCCAGCACCAGCCCCACCACAACGGCGGCAACAACGGCCAUCUGGGCAACAGCUACACGACCAAGCGCAAAAAGCCGACGAAGCAAUAACGGAUCGUCGUCGCGCUAGCGUUAGGUGGACGCGAUCUUGCGGUAGGUUCGUUUUUGCGUUGCGAGGUUAGAGGGCAGUGUUGCCGGAAGCGGUAGAAUGAUUUUUUUCGGUUCGUUUGUUGCCUGAGUUUGGGGAGAUUUUUUUCCGUGAAGUUUCAGAAGUAUUAUUGAAAAUGUGAACCUACUUUUUUACUUGAAAGUUCAAAAUUCUAUCUUUUUUGGCACGCCCACUCCGUGAACGGCGGCCAUCUGGGCAACAGCUACACGACCAAGCGCAAAAAGCCAACGAAGCAAUAACGGAUCGUCGUCGCGCUAGCGUUGGUUGGACGCGAUCUUGCGGUAGGUUCGUUUUUGCGUUGCGAGGUUAGAGGGCACUGAUGCCGGAGGUGGUAGAACGGUUUUUAAAAUAUCGAGAAUAUUUGUGGCAGUAAAUUGAAAGCAAUGACAAUGAAGAGUCAUGAACUGAGGUUAAAUGGCGAGAUAUUGUAAAAAGUUAUUUGAAAAAGUUGCUUAGAUUUCCAUUUUAUACUAUCAUAUUGAGUGUCAAUCAAUUAUUAGUAAAAAUUAGAAUAAUCUAUUUUUAUUUCAUCUAUUUGAUUAUCUGAUUUUUUAUCUCCUGCAUAGGUUGACAGUAGUGGUACACUUAUAUGAUAAUAAGGAAACAAUCUCGUUUCAUUCACAUGAGAUAACAUGAGCCUGAAAAAAAUGGUGAUAAAAUAACACUUCUCUUCUCACUUCCUGAUCAAACUUGAUAACCAUAAGCCUCUUGAAUUUGAUGCACCAUUUGAUCUGAAAUAUUCAAAUUAUAUUCACAACCUGGUGAGAAGAAAACGAGAUGAUUCUCUUAUUUUCAACUAAAUCAAGUGUAUCACUACUCACUGUCACUAUUGAGGACAAAAGAAUUAGAUAAUUGAAACAAGAUC